AUGGGUGGUAAUGAAACUGUUUCUGGUGAUAGCAGUGAUUCUGAUCUCCAGUUGUGUAGUAACUGCACUGUAACCCAUUGCCCAGAGGGUUUCUAUUAUAACAAACGGUUGGCGAAAUGUAUCGAUGUAGAUGAAUGCACCUCCAAUAAGAAUUUUUGUUCUCAGAAGUGUAUCAAUAAGCCAGGUAGUUAUGACUGUGAGUGUUUUGGUCCUUUGUACAAAUUGGCUCGAAAUGGUCGUCGAUGCUAUCGAACUGAUAACGAAUCUGUUCUGUUUUUCCUGGCUCAUUCGCAUAGUAUAUGGAACAUAACAUAUAAUGCAAAAUCCCAGCUUAAUUUGAUGCCUAGCGAUGGUGGUGAAAAAGUGGCCAUGAAUAAAGUACAUGUCAUACAAAAUCAUGAUAUUGAAGGUACAGAAGGGAUCGCUGUUGACUGGAUACAUAGGAACUUGUAUACUUUACGUCAUAAGCAGUUGCAUGUUCAGCGUCUUGAUGGUCUUUAUAGAGCAUCACUUUACGAUGGAUUUUUUCAAUUACCUCGAGCUUUGGUUGCUUAUCCUUCGAUACGCGAACUGUUUGCAAGCGAUUGGGGCGUUAAACCAUUCAUAGUCCGUCUUGCUAUGGAUGGUACUCAAGCAAAAAAAAUCGUCACCGAAAAUUUAGUUUGGCCAAAUGGACUGGCUCUCGACUAUUUCGCAAGACGUCUCUACUGGGCCGAUGCUUUCCGCGACGUUAUUGAAAUGGCAAAUUUGGAUGGAACGAGUCGACGAGUUAUAAUCAGUGACAAACAGUUGAUACCACAUAUUUUCGGAUUGACGGUAUUUGACGACAUGAUCCUUUGGAGUGAUUGGACCCGCCGUGGAUUUCUGUUCGCUGAUAAACUUAUCGGUCAAAACUCAACAGUGCUGAUGAGAACCGUAUUGCCACCGUAUUCUCUCAAGGCAUAUCAUCCUGCUAUGCAAAUUACAACUCCUAAUCUUUGUGAAGUGACAACUUGCCAGCAUAUCUGUGUACCGAAGCUUGACGGUUCAGGACCACAAUGUCUAUGCGCUGAAGGAUUUGUCAUGCAUGAAAACGGUCUUUGUGAACCAAACUGUAAGGAACAUCAGCUGCUAUGCUCACAACCGGAUCAUAAGUGUCUCAAUUUAAUAUAUCGGUGUGAUGAAUCCUAUAACUGUAGGAAUGGGGAUGAUGAAAUGGAAUGUCCGAUACCGAUUUGCAUGCAUGAUGAACGUAUGUUCCCGUGUCGUGAUAAUCGCAAAUGUAUUUUGCGGUCGCAAAGAUGCGAUGGUUUCGUGGACUGCUACGAUAAAUCUGAUGAAUUUUACUGUGCCGAUUUAGCCAUAGCUUGGAGCCAUUAA